AUUUAGGCGGUAAAUCCUUCAAUCAAAACGAUCAAAACAUUACACAAAACAAACAGCACACAAAAGACAAGUUUAGCAAAUCCAUUUACGUUUAGACAAAUAUUUUACCAUGGACGUUACCGCUGAGACGAAGACAAAAUGUGCCGAAAGUCACAAAGUGUUUUUCCUGAAUGAUUACGUAGCCAGAAGGGGUAUGCAAUUGCUUAGUUUCCGUAAUCCAGCGACCGGACUAUGUUCCAAAUACAUUUUCCACAAAAAGUCCAACGAAUUUUUCGAAUUGCUCAAAUUCAACGAGCCAUUCCGGACGUGGUUCGUCGGCGAAAUUGUAACAGACGACGGUUGUAUUUACCUAUCGCCACCAGUCGAUCCGCUGUUCCUUCUGUUGCACUACGUCCAAAGUCAAGCUUCUGAGAAGUACGUUCCUCUUGAACACAUUUUGGUGGACGAAAAUUAUCGCGACGUGACGAUGAUUGCUGAUGCAAUCGAUAUGGAUCAACUGUUGUUGAUUGCCGACCAGAAAGGUGAUGCCCAACUCAAAGCUGUCAGGUACAAUAAGGAAAAGACCCUUCAUUGGCUAGCGUAUAAAUGCAAACUACUUCAAGACGCACUACGGCAACGAAAACUCAAUCUGGAUUCCGGUGCAAAGUCAUCAACGUUUGUCGUUAGUUCCAAGAUAAAUGAUCAACAAGACGACGACAUUCAACUGUUGGCAUUCGGAAUUCUCAGCGAUUACUUGUCGCAGGAAAUGAGCGACAGUUUGUCGGAAUAUCUGAACUUGGACGUAAUCAAAAGCAAGAAAAGAAAACAGACCAGCGACGCCGCCAUGAACAAGAACAACAAAAAAAUCAAACUUUCAAUCGUCGACGAAGACGACGAAGUAACACCGACACCAGUUCCAAUUGCAGAGAAAAAGACAUCGGCCAAGGCGAAGCAAUUGGCUAAAUCGGCGAAGGGUACCAAGAACAUCAUGUCGUUCUUCAAGGCUAAAUGAAAAACGGUUUUGUGUUCAGUCUGAUGGGUGAAUUUCAUCAAUAAAUUACAAUUAAAGACAAUGCAAGCGGCCGC